UACCCCAUAUCUUGCCCCUGAUUGAGCGACAAAAAGCUCGAUCGAUUACUCGGAUCACGAUCCGCACUCCGCGUGUAUAAGAAUACUGCGCACCCUGUCUCGCUACUAUCUUCCCACCACCUCUCUUUGUCCUCGUCGCUGGAAUAUUGUCGAAUUAUGGGUGUUCUUAUCGAGACUCUGGCCCCCGGUGACGGUAAAAGCUUCCCCCAAAAAGGCGACAGAGUGACAAUGCAUUAUGUGGGUACUCUCAAGGACGGUUCAAAGUUUGAUUCGAGCCGGGAUCGAGGACACCCUUUCGUCACGGAGAUUGGUGUGGGAAAGGUGAUCAAGGGAUGGGAUGAGGCUGUGCCUCAACUAUCCCUUGGACAAAAAGCCAUCCUUGUGGCAUCAGCUGACUAUGCCUAUGGUUCUCGCGGGUUUCCACCCGUAAUACCUCCAAAUUCAACUCUCACGUUUGAAGUCGAGCUUUUGAAGAUUAACUGAAAAUCGCUCCGCGGAU